GCGAGCGCGUAGAGCGUGCACGCGCCAAGCCAAGCCAGUGCGUGCAUGUGUCGCAGAUUUUAAAACUCAGAAAGAGCAGAAACAGCGGCGGACCUGAGGGUGCACCAAGAGUACCGGUGGCUUUAAAUCCUAAGUAAAAAAACACUCUAAGAGUCUACGCAGAAUAGUUAAGCGUCUUUUCAUCACCCGAAGAGGAAGAACAGGAAAGAUAAGAAACUCUGUUUGCUGCACUGGAUGAUCUCAUGAACAUGGAGCUGUCAUCAAUAGGAGAGCAAGUGUUUGCUGUGGAGUCAAUAACGAAGAAGAGAAUAAGAAAGGGAAAUGUGGAAUAUCUGCUAAAGUGGCAAGGAUGGCCGCCUAAGUACAGCACCUGGGAACCAGAGGACAACAUAUUGGACCCUCGUCUUGUCCUCGCCUAUGAAGAAAAAGAGGAGAAGGAAAGAGCUCUGGCUUAUAAGAGGAAAGGCUUGAGACCCCGUCGAGUUAUUCUGCGGAACCUCUAUCCAAUGGACCUGCGAAGUAAACACAAGGUUUCAGAUAAAUCCACCCCGAGAAUCCGCCUGUCACUCACCCGCUCCAUGGGGACAGAAAUAGACCAGAAUGGGCGGCGCUGCCAGCGCAUAGAGAAACGCAAGAACAGACAGUACAGGUCCAAACUCAUGAAUGACAUCAAACGAUUCCAGCAACCAAGAAGACAUCCACUUCUUCUAAAAGACUCAGAGAAAGAAUGGGAUGGAGAUGAGGAAGAUGAGCAGAGGAAAAAGGUGAAGAAGAUGAGAACAAAUGGAGAAAAAACAACAGAAGUGCACCAGGACAUUCCAAGUGGUCAAGAGAUGUCGGAGGGGUACAACUCUUCGGCAGAACAUGAAGCUGUAAUCACUAUUGAAGAAACUGAGAACUGCUCUUCCAUUUUUGACCACGCCGAGAAGCCAAGCGAGUAUACAGGUCCAGUUUUAGGAGCAACAGUAAACAGUACAAUCACCAACACACAAGAGAACACGCCAGUCACAAACACUGCAGGGGAUGAGGACUCUGUACGGGUAUCACAUGACAUGACAAACACUGACCAAUCACUACACAACAGCACCAAGUCAGGAGCCAAGCAAGGUGUGUUUGACAAAGUACAGAACAGACCUUCGGUUAUCGAGGUACAUUCGAGCGCUAAAUGUAGACAGGACGAGGUAAGUGAAAGGGGCGAGCUAGACAGUUCAGAGGCCAAAGAAAAGAAAGGGAUGGAUGCUGUUGUUACAGCAGAAUGCACAUUAUUACAAGUCCCAGUUGACCAAUCACAGACUCCCUCCACCACCACAGUGCAUCCUGGGAAAGUCAUUGUGACUCAGGUGACGAUAAAUUCCUUGACCGUCACCUUCAAAGAGGCCAUGAGUGCAGAAGGCUUUUUUAGUGGCUAUGGGCUUUAGGUGUAAGUUGACAAAGAAACCCAGGAAAAUACAAUAGAUGUAUGUACCAAGUGAAUAAUACAGUUUGCAGUAGUGAAGCAGAUAUUGUCUAAACAAGGUAAAGACAUCAACAAGGUAUUUGUUUUUUUUCAGUUUGUCCUUGUGUCAUUGUGGUUAAAUAACCGUUGAAGGUCGACAUUUCUGAUUAUACUCAGUGAUGCUGUAUGCGAAGACUUUAAGCAUGUAAAGCGAAUCUCUGUGUCUGUACCACUACUUUUCCAUCAGCAGCAGUCAUUGACAUAACAAUGAGGAGAAACUGUUUUUCAGUUCUGACUUGAAGACAAAACUACUGUUCCAUCGCCUCUUUUGUCCUGUAACCAACCAGGUGGGAAAAGGAAAGGCCACCUGGCUCUGUUUCCAUAUCUGCACCUGAGCUGUCUUCACUCUGUUCGGAGGCCUUUGUGCAUUUUUAAAGAGACAGUAUUGGUUUACAUUCACAACUGCUGCACUGGACGCUUUCGUAGGGGUAGAUCCUGUUAAUCUGAACACAUGUGCUUUAGGUGUGCUUUUAGCAUGGCAGAAAUCAAAGCCAAGCCUAAAUUACACGUAUUGGUUGUGGUGAUAAUUGAACAUGGCUUGUCAGCUCUGUUGUUGCACUCACAUGUGACAACUACACUUUUUUUGCUUGUAUUUACAGCAAAUAAAUGGUUAAAAAUAAA